AUGACGGGCUACGGAUCACCGACAGCCAUGUUCUGGGAUGCAGAUGAAGACGUCGAAAACAUCAACCGGUACACCGACGGCGGCUACUGUCCCGUCAUCCUCGGUGAUACAUUCCAGUCGAACACGGCAACCUAUCGCGUUCUGCACAAACUCGGACACGGCGCUUUCGCGACGGUCUGGUUCGCUGAGGUACUGCACUCCGAUUCCGGACCCAUCUCUUCACGAUACGUCGCGCUGAAGGUAUGCGUCGCGGAUGCCGAUUCUGAGCACGAGCUCGCUGUCCAUAAGAGACUCGCUCAGGACCUCGAUUUUGCGGAAGAUAAUUAUGUCAUCCAGAUCCUCGAUCACUUCUCAAAGUCCAGUCCCAACGGCACGCACGCUGUCUUCGUCCACGAAGUCCUAGGAUCUCUCGCCGAUCUACCACCAGACAUGGCGCGGAAGCAAGCGCAGAGCAUAUGCAAACAACUCGUGCAGAGCGUCGCAUCCUUGCACCGGCACGGGAUCAUUCACGGAGACAUUCACUCAGGAAACGUCGGCGCCCGCCUGCACGCUCUGGACGAUCACUCCGCGCAGGACAUCAUGGACUACUUCGGACGACCAGAAGUAACACCUGUCGUACCCCGUCAACUACAUGCUGACGCCGAUGGAUCGUUCCCGGCGUACCUCGUACCACGCAUUUCUGUGUCGAGUUAUAUGAAGGACGAGAGCGCUACAUUCGUGGAGACUCCGCUUCGUGUGGAACUGAUGGAUCUCGGUGGAGCUACAAUUGCCGGAGAAGCGUCACGCCCUUCAUGUACGCCCGCAGCCGUAUGCGCGCCCGAGCUCAUGUUCGCGAAGAUCACGACGGGAACAGACCCUCCCGCGACAUUCGCAAGCGACAUCUGGUCGCUCGGAUGUACCUUAUACGAGGUCGCGUUAAACGCUGCGGCGCUCCUUCACUGGGCGUCUCACAGCAUCGCCACCUUAAGCCAGAUUGCACAAUGGGGCGGCGAAGUCCCAGUAGAAUGGCGCGCACAUCCAACACUAGACGAGCAUCUGAAGAACCUCAAAGAUCCGAUAUCGCCAGAAGCCGCCCAGCUCAAAUGGAAAACCCGGCUCGAAGCAUGGACGAAAGACUGGGAAGAAGACGACGUCGCGGGACUCAGCGGAUUACUGAGGAUGAUGCUAAAGAUGGACCCGGGCGCGCGGCCGAGCGCUGAGGAGGUCUUGCGCCAUCCGUGGCUCGUCGCGGCGCAGGACGAUGGGGUCGCGGGUAGAUAG